AUGUCUCAAGCAUCUCGUGAUUCCUUUAAAGAUGAUGUUCGGAUGGAUUAUUAUACUCAGAUUUCUCCUGAAUAUCAAUUUGAAAAACCGGCGAUUGAUUGUUUAUUAGAUCAUAUAUGGAAUCAAGAAGCACGAAAACCAGCUAUUGAUAUAUUAAUUCAAGAAUAUUUAGAAAGAAUUGGUAGUCCAGUAGUACAUAAUUAUUCAUCAUCAUCAUCAUAUAUUACACCUCUUAUGACAAUUGAAACUGGAAAUGAUAAUAAAAAUAUUUCAAGUAUAUCUACUCAACAAAUACAAACCCCGAAUCGAGGAAUUCAACAUUAUCAAUCAGCUCCUUCAUUUUAUAAUACACCAAUGACAUCAAGUAAUGAUUCAACUACUUAUUGUAAUAAUAAUUAUGAAUUUCAACAAAAUGCUUCAACACCUUUACUUCGACCACUAUCAACUCGAUCUCAUCGUUCAUCAUCUAUAGCGCUUGAUGGGAUUGGAAAUACACCAUGUAGUCGAGUAUCAAUAUCAUCCAAUCAAGAUAUUCCUAUUAUUGAUCGAUAUACUAAUGGAAAUAAUAGUAAAGAUAGUCGUUUAAAACGAGCUGCUGCUCAAGAACGUCGACAAGCAACACGACAUUUUGGAAAAGUUCAACCGGGUUUGAUAUGGACAUCACCAUUACCUGUUCGACCACGAACUUUUUCUAUGCGACCACCAUCAUUAUCAUGUAAGGUUUUUCUUGGUGGUAUUCCACAUGAUCUUAAUCCAAGAGAUUUACAAGAACGUUUAGAAAGUUUUGGACCAGUAAGAUUAGAAUGGCCUAAUAUGGAUAAUAUGCCUAUGCAUAGAAAUUCAUCAAAUAUUAUGGCUGGUUUUGUUUAUGCUGUUUAUGAAAAUGAAGAAUCUGUUCAUCAAAUAUUACAUACAUGUUCAACAAAAACUGAUCGAACAUUAGAUGAUGGACGAUGUGAAUAUUAUCUUGAAGUAUUUAGUCAACGAACAACCUUACGAAGAAAAAGUAUUCAAAUAAUUCCUUGGUUUGUGGAAGAUUCUCAAUGGUUAUCUGAAGGAGAUAUAACAUCAAGUGGAUAUGGAAGUUGGGAACAACGACUUGGUUCUACUGAAUGUAUUAACCGAACAGUAUUUGUUGGUGCUUUACACGGAAUGAUGACCGCUUUUGCAUUGGCUCGAAUAUGUCAAGAAUUAUUUGGAGAUGUGGAAUAUGCUGCUAUUGAUACCGAUAGAAAUAAAUAUCCGAUUGGUUCUGGACGAGUUGUAUUUGUGAACACACAUAGUUAUUAUGCUGCUGUUACUGCUAAUUAUUUAAUGAUCGAAUGUGAUAAAUUUUGUAAAGUGAUUCAAAUCGAUCCAUAUCUAUCAGAUAGUGUACCUUGUGCAGGUGCCAAUGGACAAUGGUGUCCAAAUAUGGGACAAUUUUUUUGUCGUUCACUUAAAUGUAUGAAAUAUUAUUGUGCAACAUGUUGGGAUUUAAAUCCGAAUCAUAUAAUUACACAAACAAAUAAUAAUAAUAAUAAUAAUACUGAAUGUAUACCACCAGCUAUGAUUCAUAAACCAUUAAUGCGUAAUGCUCGAACUCCAUAA